GGUGGGGAAAAAAAGAAACGUGUUUUCAAGAACGUCAAGAUGCCCCCCAAAACAAUGGAGCCCAUGGCCAAGAGGAUCUUCAAAGGGGUUCUCUUUCUGGAAGUUGUUGGUGUGUUCGCAGCUUACGGGCUCUUCUACAAAAUGAACACUAGCCGAGAUUUCAGAGGAACAAUGAGCAAACAUUUCCCCUCAGUUUUGGAAGUUUAUUACAAGUCCAACGAGUUGGCCGGGGUCUACGGCAUCAAAGAAGCAGAUCAGGAUGCUUGGUCCACCAAACAGCAAUAAAGGUUAAAUAUCUGAGACGGACGUCUUCAGUUCUUCCUGCCGGGAGUCUUUCUGCCCGGUUUUGCUUUCCCAAACUGUUUUUUCUUUUUAAACAUAGUCUUCUUCCUUCUGAGGGACUUGACAUCACGUCCUCGGAGCCAGUCAUCACGCUGAGCCUCCCAUUUCAACUGUUUGACACCUGAAGAGAGAAAAACAAAGACACGUCGAGUCAGGAGACGGAGACUGUUCAAUCCUGGUCAUGGAUUUCAGCUUCCACGAGAUGUGAAUUAAUAUUGAUGUAAAUAAAGACCUGGAACCUGGCUAGCAUCUAGCCACAAUAAUAUAUAAUCUGUGAUAUAGUC